AUGUUGUUGGAGGCGACUGCGGCGGAUAGAGCCAAUGUUCUCUCUCCAACGUUGACCUCUGGUCAACAACAUGGUCAUGACCAUGUUUCUUCUUCUCAUUCUUGUCCCCGGCCUUGUCCUCGUCCAAGGCCUCCCCCUGUUAACCCUCCUCCUCCUCCUCCUCCUCCUCCUCCUCCACCACCAUCACCAUCAUCAUCACCACCACCACCAUCGCCACCACCAUCACCACCACCAUCACCGCUGCCAUCACCGCUGCCAUCACCUUCUCGGGUCCUGGCCUCUUCCUCCCUUUCGAGUUCCCAAAACUCGUCCUGCGCUGCUGGGUCUAUUCCCCCCAGCCCCAGCGCCAAGAAGAGGGCGGCACGUUACUGUUACGCGUGCGAAAAAGCCUUCAAUUACAAGAACUUUGCGGACCACCAAAAGGUCCACAAGAUUGAAGGUGACUCGGGUGCUCGGGUCAAGCCCUGCAAGCAAUGCGCGGCUAAAUUCCCUGAUGGGUGCCGCGUUGCCAAGAAGCCCGACGAGGCGGGCACUUAUGCUUGCGCUCGUUGUCUCAAGAGCCACAAGAGCUGCGAGUAUACGGCGCUCAAGAGGAAUAUUGCCUCGUGGACUGGGCCUUGUGCAGGGUGGGCUGGGAGAAAGCAUCCCAAGCUCAUCGAGCACCGGAGGCCUUGGGAACUCUAG